UGUUCUUAGAAGGUCGUUUGUUUGUGUGAAGAUUUCUUAUCUGGGAUCUCUCUCUUUCUCUCUCUUUCUUUCUCGUAAAAAAAUAACACCAAUAAAUUAUAUUGCACUUGCUGCUAAAAUCUUUUCUUUUUCAUUCAUUCUUUCUUUCUCUUUCUAUCUCUAUUAGGACUAGUAGGACUGGGAGGAGAGGAAAAAAAGUUUCUUUCUUUUCUUUCUUUGCUUUCUUUCUUUCUUUCUUUCUUUGAGGAAGGUCUGGGGGAGAGUGGCCCAGCAGAUCGAAAUCUGCAAUCUUUUGUUGAGUUUGAUGAGGAUCUGAGCUGCUUCUUCAAUGGAGUCACUUAAUAACCCCCACUUUUUAGUUUAUUUAUUUUGACUUAAUUAUUGUUAGUUUUGUUAUUGGGUUUUGUUGUUUCUAUUGUUUUUUCCCUUUUUGGGUCUUGCUAGUGCCAGCCUGAAUUUCCCAUGAUUCUGAGAUUUUGAGGUUGGUACUUGAGAGAAGAAAGCAGUAAUAGUUGUACUAAUUCAAUGAUUCAAUCCUAGAGGGCUGCUUGAAAGGUGGUUCCAGGAUGUGGGUCUGAGGAUCUAUUAUGGCUUCUGGUUGUUUUGAGUUUUCCCUUGUUAACUCUUGAAAAAAGGAAUGGGAACGCAAGUACAUUGCAAAAGCUACUUGCCAGGUUAUUAUUCCAUGAGGGACCUUAAUGACGAUUCUAACAGUAGUAGCUGGCCUCUGUUUUAUGGAGACAAGACCUUAACAAGUGCACAAUACUAUAAUGGAUACAUUCCAAGGACUAUAACAGAUGCAUAUCUAGGGUAUGAUAAGGAUCAAUUAAAACAGAAAAUGCUUGAGCAUGAGGCCGUAUUCAAGAAGCAGGUUUAUGAGCUCCACCGGCUUUACAGAAUUCAAAGGGACAUGAUGGAUGAAUUCAGAAGGAAGGAACUAAAUAAGCGUCAGAUGUCUAUGGAACCGUCAUCUUCAUCAAGCCUCCUAGGUUCCCAAAGGCCAUCUGAAGAUGCUGGGAAAUGGCAUAUAGCUAGUUUUCCUUUGGCAAAUUCUGGCUAUCCAAGACCUUCUGUGUCAGGUGCUGAAAUCGUUAAUUCACCUUUGAGUUGUACAAAAGGGAACACCGUGCCAGCUGGUCGAGUUAAUGGUUGUGCGUCAAAGGACUGCGAAGUGCUAGAGGCUAGGCCCUCCAAGGUGAGGAAAAAGUUGUUUGAUCUUCAACUCCCUGCUGAUGAAUAUAUUGAUACUGAAGAUGGGGAACAGUUAAAUGACGGUAAGAUAAUUGAGGUGUCAGGUUCUCUACCUAAUGGGAAUCACAGAAAAGCCCCUGAGAAUCAUGACAAAUUUUUUCCUAAUGGUGGUGUUGGUGAGAAAUUGGGUUAUCAAAGCAAUGCUUCAGCAUCGGACUCAUGUACUAGAGGCACCGUCAGAUUGGCUGAUCUGAAUGAGCCUGUUCAGCUCGAAGACAUAGCUGUUGCCUCUUCUGUUGAAUUUCUUGGUAAAUCUGCUAAUCAUGGAGAGAGCAGAGGCCUAAAUCUGUCUGCUAAACCAAGUUCAGGAAUUCAUGGCCUGCAAAAAGAAAUAAUGAAUAAUGCGUAUUCUGGAAAUCAUAAUGUAACUAUGACUUCUGUUGGAAGUAGAGGCAAUGAGAGAGACUGGCUUUCUGGAGUGUAUGAAUCAGGUGAUGGUUGCUAUUCUGUUGCAGGUCAGAGAAAGAAUAACUCGAUACCUCAAGGGUUCCAGAAAGAUAAGUUGCCCAUGCCUUCCCAACCAGCACAAUUGAGGGUUAACAACACUUGCCAACCUGUGGGAAUUCUUCCAAUUGACUGUGAAAGGGAAGAAAGGUGGAAAGAGAGAGCUACCUGUGGUUUGGAAAACCUUGACAGGGUUCACAAUAACUCGGAUUAUAACCAUCUUGAAUCAGUUAUGACUUCCCAGGUGCCCAAACCAUACACCUUUGGUAAUUCCUCAGAUUUUGCCAGUUCCUGGUCGCACUCUGCAUUAUCAUGGGGAAAGCCAACAAGUAGCUUCCCUCAGAAGCUAAAUUCUUUUCAUCCAUACCCAUCAAUACAGGCAUCGUCAAUUUUGAGUAAGAGUUCACAGUCAUCUGCUCAAAGUCAUGGUGGUUUGGUGGACAAGUGGCACAAUAAUGAGCGUUCUUGUUUGACUCCAGGCAUGAGAAGUGAUGUACCGACCAUAAAUGGGUUUUAUCACGGGUCUUCCUCAGGGUCUAAGGAGGUGCUGGCUCGUUACCCUUCAGUUAACAUUAGCCAUCUGGACUGCAAUAAAAGUGAUAACAUGGCAUCUAUAUGCUGCUUAGAUCAUGGACCUGGGGAGUUAUCAAACGGCUGUACAAAGCCUGCAAAAGACAUGGACUUGAAUGCGGUCCAAACAAAGUGUUCUUCCAGUGAAGAUGUUGUGAUUAUAAAUGAUAAAAGUAAGCCUGGAGACCAUCUAGCAGCAUUGCCUUGGCUUCGAGCUAAGCCAUGUGGCAAGAGUGAGACUGCCAAUGUCAGGAGAGAUUCAAACUCAGAGAGCUUCAGCUUCUUUCAGUCUUCUCCAAGUAUAUUAUUUUGUGAGGGUGAACCAUUAAAAGAUCUCAAUGAAAUGUUGACUCAGAAAGAGAGAGCAAAUUCAAGUGACUGUGAGGUCGGUAUAAAGAAAGAGAGUAGGGAGACCCAGGGUAUAAAAAAGAUUCUUGGGGUUCCCAUUUUUGAAAAACCUUCAAAUUUCAAAAAUGAGUCAUCCUCAUCUCUCUCAACUUCAGUUAGCCUUCCUCGCACUCUUUCAGGAGAAAAAGUGGAAAUGGAAGCGAAAAAUAGACUGAUUGAUAUUAAUUUGGCUUUUGAUGAGCAGCUUGCUUCAGAAGAUUUGGCUGUUGAGAAGGUAAUGGACACAAAGGUUGCUCGUGUUAGGAAUGUCAUUGAUUUGAACUCCUGUGUCACUGAGGAUGAAGAGCUAUUGGCACCCUCUGGCGUGAGCAACAGUGAGAGUGUGAAGAUUGCUGUGGAGAUAGAUCUGGAAGCUCCAGUUCUGGAGACUGAGGAUGAUGUUCUGGCUGGGGAAGACGAUAAGCUGUGCGAGGCAUCUCUUCAACCACCAGAACCAGAAGUGGAGGAAGCAAAUGAUGAAGUUAUCAGGAUAGCUGCAGAAGCUAUAGUUUCUCUUUCUUCUUCUAAUCAUCUGCUUCCUAUUGAAGAGAACACGUGCCAACCGACUGAAGAUCCUUUGGCAGAAUGCCUGUUAUGGUUCGCUGAUGCAGUGUCUUCUUGUGCAGAUAAACACAAUGGCCCUGUGAGCAAAGAAAUAAGAGGCACUGACAGUUUAGUAAUUGGCAAUUACUCUUCUGAUGAGAUGGAUGAUUUUGAGGUCAUGACUUUGCAGCUGCAGGAAACUAAAGAAGAAGAUUACAUGCCUAAACCUUUUGUUCCAGAAGUUCAAAAAAUUGAAGAAUCUGGACCAAAUUCAGUACCAAAUCGAUCUAGGAAGGGACAGACAAGGAGAGGCAGGCAGCGGAGGGACUUUCAAAGGGAUAUCCUUCCUGGCCUGGCUUCUUUGUCGAGGCAUGAGGUAACUGAAGACCUUCAGACAUUUGGAGGGCUAAUGAGAGCUACAGGCCAUCCUUGGAGUUCGGGGUUGACAAGGAGGAACGGUACAAGGAAUGGAGGUGGCAGGGGAAGACGACGAGCAGUGGUUGUUGAAGCUGUAUCCACUGUUGUUGCGACUGCAACUUGCACUCCUCUGAUGCAGCAGCUUAACAAUAUUGAAGCUGGUUUGGAGGACCGAAGUCUAACAGGGUGGGGCAAGACAACCAGACGCCCCCGCCGUCAAAGAUGCCCUGCUGGUAAUCCUACUCCUGCGACGUUAACGUAAUAAUGGCAAGAGGCUCUAUUACGAAUUAAAGAAAUUAUACAGAGAAGCCAUACGAAGGCAUCUGUUUGAUGACUCUCCUGGGUUGAGGUUGUUCUAGCUGGGGAUUUGUCUUUGUACAUGUCUUGUAGCCCAUAAUUUGGACCCCCCUGGUUAUUGUGUCUUUGAGCUACCAACUUUGUAAUGUUAAAAAAUAAUGGCACCUGAUUUCUUGGCUAUAUAAGUCAUUCCUUCAAAUCAGAU